UAAACAUGCUGCUUUCAAUCCAGAACCAACUGAAAAUUUUGUAAAUUAUUCAUAUAUCUAAUUAGUAAGUUCCCUUGUUGGUGCCAUUAUCAAACAUUAAGGAUCAGAAUUCUAUUUCAAUUAAGCUAAUAUAUGAAUUAUUGCUGGUAAUAAAAAUGCCAAUGUUUUUCCUGAUCCUG